AUGCCGAUACAUGGUCUUCGUCCAUUACGAGAGACGGUAGUGCAGAUCGAUUCAACGACCAUCGUCACCGCCGGUGUCCAGCAACCCACAUCUUCGUUCUUCUCGCUCAAGAUUGCCUCGCUUCUGGCACGUGCGUGGGAAAAGUCGAGCAACACGGAGCCGCUAUGCAAAAUCUGCUGUAAUCAGCAAGAAAUAGAGAACAUCGCGCAACGCAUCGCUCCGAAAAAGCCUCUGUCGCCGUUCGCUAAGUUUCGUCAGCUCGAUAAGCAACACAGCGCCAGUUUGUCGCCAAGCCCUGUAAAAUCGCCGGCAACGGAAUUUCGAUUCAAAUUUACCGAACCGACUGUGCGAGAUAAUGCUGCGCAAAUUAAAGAGCGAUUACUGGCGUGGUGCCGAUCGAAAACCAAAGAGUACGAUAAUGUACAGCUUGACAACUUCUCGACAAGCUGGAACAACGGCUUAGCAUUUUGCGCGUUGAUCCAUCACUUCAGGCCGGACGCUUUCGAUUACAAUUCUCUACGUCCGGAGAAUCGCAGGAAAAACUUCGAGCUAGCUUUUACGAAAGCCGACGAAGUCGCUGGAAUCGCGCCGUUACUUGACGUCGAGGACAUGGUGAUGAUGCAACGGCCGGAUUGGAAGUGCGUCUUCACAUACGUUCAGUCCAUCUAUCGUCGUUUCAAGGAUGAAGACUAG